AGAUCCUCCUGUCUUGUUUUAAAAAUCAAAGACCCAACCCGAGCGACCGACCGAGCGAGAGAGAGAGAGUGAGAAUGCUCACACUCCAACCCAACUACUUCCCGCUUCCAUCUCUCCAAAACUUCAAAUGCAGACCGUCUAUCUCAUUCUCCCGCCGUAAAUCUCACCGUACAAAACCACGCAACUUCAGCUCUCCUCCAACACCUCGCAUUUCCGCCUCCUCCGCUGCAGAAACCUCUGUCGAGGAGAAGAGGAGCGUGGAUGGCGGAGACACCCUCCCAGAGGGCUUGAGCCGCGACGCAAUGCCGAGGCACGUGGCGGUGAUCAUGGACGGGAACGCGAGGUGGGCCAGGGCGCAGGGGCUACCUCCUGCGGCCGGGCAUGAGGCUGGCGUCAGGUCUCUGAAACAGAUGGUGAAGCUUUCUUGCAUGUGGGAGAUUAAGGUCCUCACCGUCUUCGCAUUCUCGUCCCAGAACUGGUUCCGGCCGAAAGCGGAGGUUGACUUUCUGAUAAGCUUAUUUGAGAGUGUUCUUAGGGCGGAUAUAGAGAAUUUUGUGAGGGAAAACAUCCGACUAUGUGUAAUUGGGGAUUCCUCGAAGCUCCCAAAAUCGCUACAGAUGUUGAUAAAUGAAGCAGAGGAGAUGACGAAGAACAACACGAGGCUUGAUCUCAUGGUUGCUGUUAGCUACAGUGGACGUGAUGACAUAGUGCAAGCAUGCCAAAAGAUUGCCUACAAAGUAAAGGAUGGUCUACUUGAGCCGGGGGACAUCACCGAGUUGCUAAUCGAACAAGAACUAGAAACAAAUGCAGUGGAUUUCCCAUUCCCAGAUUUACUUAUCCGCACUAGUGGUGAGCUGAGGGUAAGCAACUUCUUGCUGUGGCAAUUAGCAUACACCGAACUUUUCUUUACAGGGUCUCUCUGGCCCGAUUUUGGAGAGGCCGAGUAUGUACAGGCUCUACAGUCGUAUCAGGACAGGCAGAGGCGCUUUGGUUUACGAGAUGGAGCUGCAUAACAAGACCUCUAGGCAAACUAUGUAUAGGAAAUUAUACUCACAUGCUAGGGGUAUGCAAGGAGUGGCUGGUAAUGUGCCUAAGAUCUGUCCAAGAUGAUCCUGGACACACGAAGCAACAGAGACUAGAAGUUUUACAGGCAUGCACGAGCAACAUGAGCUAUUGAAGUUAGAGAGUUUUAUCAGUAUCCAGCCCCAGGGAUAGCCUCAUCAAGUAGCCCAUGGCUGGGCUUGGGCCUUGCAUUACAAGCCCAUCAAAGUACUGGCUGGAUUUGGCCUUAAAUGCCAUGCCUUGUUGGCAAUUUCUAGCUGAUUUCUAGUGUAUUAUUGCCAUGAUUAUAUCUUUAUAGUAUACGUUAAUAUGCAUCUAUUCAAUAAAAGUUUGAAGCUUGUUACCAUGA